GUCACAUGGGCUCAGCGCUCCUCAGCCACUGAGGCCGAGCGCAACUACCUCUACGUUAGCAUCAAGGCUGCCGAUGUCCCUCGCGACGCCGCUACCCUCAACAUCACCCCUACCAAUGUCUCUUUCUCUGGUGACUCCAGAAAGGGCGUAAAGUACCAGGUCUCCCUCGAUUUGUACGCCGAGAUCGACCCUGAGCACUCGAAGGUGAACCACAAUGACCGUGAGGUCGAGCUGGUGUUGCGCAAGAAGGAGGUCAAGGAGGAAUUCUGGCCCCGUCUGUUGAAGGAAUCAAAGAAGACUCACUUCCUCAAGACCGAUUUUGACAAGUGGGUCGACGAGGAUGAGCAGGAUGAGGCCCCCGAAGACGACUACGCCAGUGGCUUCAAUGGUAUGGAUGGAGGCAUGGACGGUGGCCUUGGCAACAUUGACUUUUCCAAGCUUGGUGGCCUCUCUGGCCUUGGUGGCGCAGGGGCUGAUGUCGGUGAGGGAGAAGAGGAGGUAGGUUGA